AUGUCUCCAGCAGGGUCUACUAGGUGGUGUCCAACACCACAGCAACUUAUGAUGUUGGAAGAGAUGUAUCGGAGUGGGAUUAGAACCCCAAAUGCCUCUCAAAUCCAACAAAUCACUUCUCAGCUCUCUUCGUAUGGCAGGAUCGAAGGCAAGAAUGUUUUUUAUUGGUUCCAAAACCAUAAGGCAAGAGACAGACAAAAGCUUAGAAAGAAACUUGCCAGGCAACUACAACAUCGUCAACUUCUUCACUACUUGGAUUCUCCUGCUGCCUCCCCUGCUUUCGACAUAUUUUUCCUCAGUCUGCUUACUGCAGGGAUUCAUGAUGAAGCAGCAAAGCAAGUGAUGAACUAUCCGUGGAAAUUUUGUAUCCCAGAAAGAGUGGGCAAGAAUAAGGGCAUUAUGAGAAUGUACGGGAGUGAUUGGUUGAUGAUGGUUGAUGCGUGUCCUCCUUUAUCAUCAUCGUCCUCACCACCACCGCCGCCAUGCUACCCCAUGAUCUCCAGUCCACCUCUUAAAACCCUUGAACUUUUCCCACUCACUGCUUCAAAUCUCAAGGAAGAGUGCAACGACAACGUCAACAGCACCGACUCCUCCAUUUCACUUUCUUCAGUUUCUUGUAACAUCAAACCGGCUAAGAUACCCCUAAGCCUCCCUUAA